AUGGCCUCUGGACACAAUGAUCCGAAGCUGCUCUACUCGGUCGAGGGCAUCAAGGCUUACCACAUCGCAAAUGGCACCGAGCAGUCUCUAACGCCCUCAGGGCCUCAAACCCUAUCGCUGCUCAUGGUCCCAACCUCGUCUGGCUUUGCUGAAAUCGGCAACGGAGAACAAGACUUCUAUCUUCACCUUCAUCUCCCCCCCGAGCUCGAUCUUCCACUUCCCGCAACCACGCAAAUCUACCACCAGCCCCCCAGCAGCUAUCUGAUUCCGCGAUGGGAUCUCGGCCCCGGCAACGGCGCAUUCACACGCCUAGAGUUUCCCGUCGUUGGAAGCAGACCUGGCGUGCAGGAAGACGUCGACACUUUUGAGACGAUUCUUGCGCAGUGCACGGCAUUCCUCGAGAGAGCGCCAGCUCCCCCUCCAGAAAAGCCCCGCAGACCUACCGGUACCGAACGCAAACCAUCCGAUGCUGCCAGAGCAAAGGCAAGAGAAGCUGGCAGAGAUGAACCGCCCGCUUACAACCCCGCCAACUUUGAGCCUGGCGAAGGUUAUGCGCAGGGCAGCCAUAGCUCGCACGUUGCAGGGCGCAUCGUGCUGGUUGACGAAGAGGAUGGCAGCGUCAUGGGAGAGCUGAGCGACGGCUUCAACGUCGUCGAGGACGGUGCUAUCAAACCAGGAUCCAAAGAACCCGUCGAGAUUAUUCUUCCCGCCGAUGGCAGCCACAACAUUUCCGUUCAGCCCGCCUACGACUACAUCGAAGAUACUAUGCACCCGGCAUACAGAACAUCAACUAUUGUCUCAUCAGCGUCAAAGGCCUCGCGGCUGCUCAUUACCACAUCCGACUAUGUCGCAAAAGUGAUGCAGAACCAAGCCGACAACUUGACCAAGAGCAUGAAGCCUGCCGCAAAGCCCAUGACAUUCGCCCCCACGACUCACGAACACAUACGCCGUAUCAACCAAUAUUCCACCAAGGUCGCCACCUUGUCGGCCCAGACCAUUGGUUCCAUCAAUCAGUUUGCUCAGAAUUUCGGCGCUGGCAUGUCCAAGCGCAAGGAUGGUCGGGCUCGAGGAUACGACAAGGAGGGAAAUGUUAUCGAGACUUACAAGCCGGGCGUGCUCAACAAGAGCUUGAUGGCCUUUAACACGGUCGUCGACGGCAUGGAACAUGCUGGGCGGACUUUGCUUACCGGUACAACGUCGAGCAUGUCCACGGUUGUUGGCCACCGCUGGGGCCCUGAGGCGGGUGAGCUGUCCAGAAACCUUGGGGCCGGGUUCAAAAACGUCGGACUCGUUUACAUCGACGUUACUGGUGUUUCUCGUCGCGCCAUUCUCAAGAGCGUUGCCAAGGGCAUGGUUGUCGGCAAGGUCAAGGGAGGCGGCCAAAUCAUUGUCGGCGGCGACAAUGGAUCUGACGCAGCCCUUGUCUCUGGAGGCAACGGUAACGGUAAUGGCAAUGGCAAUGGCAGCGGCAAUGGAAGAGGCAACGGCAACGGCAACGGCCACGGCAAUGGGAGAGGUAACGGAAAUGGCAAAGGCAAUGGCAAUGGCGAUUCAAGCACAAUACACAACACAUACGGCGGCGAAAUCAACAUCCCAGGGAGCAACGAUUGGGACGCAAAAGGGGUUAGAGAGGGGAAGAAGCCGGCCUGGUGA